AUGUUUAAUAUAAUUCAACGACAAAUAAAAAUAUUUCUUCUAAUUACAUGUUACUGUUUCAAUUUCAUAAUCGGAGGUCCUGAUCAACGUCGUUUGUUAAAAUAUCUAUUAAUUGAUAAUCAAUACAAUUCAAUUGAACGACCUGUUCAAAAUGACUCUGACACAUUACCUGUCACUAUUAAUUUAGCUUUACAACACAUCAUUGAUUUUGAUGGAAAGAACGAAGCCAUUGUUAUUAGUGGUUGGAUGACUCUCAUGUGGAAUGAUUAUAGUUUAAAAUGGAGACCUGAAGAAUUUAGUAAUAUUCAAACACUACGAAUACCUAGUACACAAAUUUGGACACCAGAUAUUCUCUUAUACAACAGUGCCGAUGACAAGUUUGAUACUACAAUGAAAGUUAAUGCCGUUGUACAAUAUAAUGGUGAUAUACUAUAUGUUCCACCAGUAUUAUUCAAAUCAAUUUGUCCAUUUAAUAUUGCUGCAUUUCCAUUUGUAAAUUUCUCAGCAACAAAUAAUGGUACCAAAUACGACUGUUGUCCAAAUGUGUAUCCAUACGUACUAUACACUAUUCGAAUGCGUCGACGUUCUCUUUAUUACUUUACAAAUAUCGUUGUACCUUGUUUUCUUAUCAGUUGUAUGACACUACUUGGAUUUUUGUUAUCACCACAGAGUGGUGAAAAAUUAACCUUGCAAAUUACAACUCUUCUAACUAUCGUUAUGUUCAGUUUACUUCUAUCAGAAAUUAUGCCACCAAGUUCAACUGCUAUACCGGUUAUUACCGUUUAUUUCAUAUGUGUUAUGAUCAUGUCAGCACUUUCAGUUGUUGCAUCAGUAUUAGUAUUAUCACUUCAUUUUCGAAACUCUAAAAGUCAUAAAAUGCCUUUAUGGGUUCGUAAGUAUAUUUGUAAUUAUUUGGCGUGGUUAUUACAUAUGAAGCGUCCUAAUCAUGAUUUGAGUUGGUGCGGAAUUCGUCGUCGAUGGUCUUCUUCAAAACAAGCAUCGAAUAGUAUAAAUAGAUCAAUCGAUAAUCAUCAUUCUAAGUUUCCUUCUGAAUCAUUAUUGAAUAAUACAUUAGAGUUGUCAUCAACCAAUGUUAUAAAUAUCGACAAGGAACCUUUAGAAUUCUUAGAAAACCCCAAAAAACAACACUCAAAUACGCUACUAGAAUUUGCUGUACCUCCAGCAACGAAAAAUCACGGUUCUCUUCAUCAUCAGAGUGCAUUGAAAGAAUUGUAUACAUGUGAUACGGAAAUCAGUCGUUCUGAACUAUGCACUAUUAUUUCUCAACUUGCUAUUCUUACUAAUUAUUCUCGAAAACAAGAGAGAGACGAUGAUGACUCUCAAGACUGGCAAUUUGUGGCAAUGGUUAUCGAUCGUCUUUGUCUCAUUGUUUUUACUGUAUUUAUGCUUCUUUUUACUGCGCUUACUUUUCUCAACGUUUAA